UGAUAAAGCUUUCUUCUUGAUAUCAAGCGUUUCAGACUCUUAUAUUGUUUUCGUUCCUCAAUUGACCAUCUUCAUUUGUGGCCUAUCAUAUAGUGCAUAGUGGUAGGGCCUUUGAAUUGGACCAAUCAAAUAUAUCGAAAAAGCUGAAACAACGAUCCCGGACGGGCAAGUGAGUUUGAUCAGUACCCCAGACCGGACUCCGCUGACGGAUAUGAUAGGCAUGUGCUUUUACAACCAAAAGAGAUUUUCAUGCGGAGACUGGAGCUGGACCAGCUUCGCUCACCGCUGCAACUAUGAGUACCGAACGGGCGAAACAUGUGGCAUGAGGCUCGUCAAUAUGACUGAGUACGAGACGGCAAAAUGUCGGCUCUGUGACAAGAUCGAAACCAAGUACCGGCGGCGAAACGCCGAGUUGGAACGUCUGACCAGAUGGAAACGUGAAGGAGGAACACUCGUGGCCUCCAUUGACCGAUCGCAAAAGCUCAUAAUGGAACUGGACAAAGAAAUUUGCCAGUUGCAGAGAGAACGAGAAGAUCGAAGAAAAGCACUCUCAUGAAAGUAAGAUGUCCGAGCUCAAUGGCGUCUAGGAAGAGGCAUUUUUGGCCAUCUUGGUAGUUCCGUUUCUUGUUUCAAGAUUCCCUCUGUUGCAAAGCCUCUAUUUUGUCGCUUAUGCUUUAGUCCAUCAACUGCUCUCUCAAGCAGGUGCCACUCUGGCUGUGGUUUGACAGCAUCAUCGUUUCGAACGGAUUCAGAAGUCGGGGAGAUCCACACGAUGGUUGGAGGAAAAGUCUUGACGACUG